AAGCAGCUGCGAUUGAAAAACUCCAUCUCUUGCUUCUCGUAGUUUAUGAUUCUGAUCCAAUUCGUCACUCAAAACCCUACUUCAUCUGCAUAUCCAUUCGACGUUGAUCAAUUAACAAAUGCGCAUUUCAGUUUCUGAUUACGUUGAGGAAGAUGAAGCUUCAGUACUUACAAACCCAGGCACAAAGAGCUGCUUUCGCUGGGAUUUUCGUUAUUCUUCUCCCCAAUUUCUUCCCUAAUCUCUUUGAUCCUUUGGGUCGUGCUUAUCCUUCAAUGUUUUCGGAAUGGAAUGCUCCAAGUCCUAAGCAUGUUCGGCUAUUAGAAGGUGCUGUGCAUCAACAAAUUUCUGAGAAACAACAGACUGAUAUAUGGUCUCCGUUGGCUUACCAAGGGUGGAAACCUUGUCUUGAUUCUGCUCGCUUCUCAUUCAAUCCAGAGAAAUCUCAGGGGUAUAUUCAGGUGUUUCUUGAUGGAGGAUUGAACCAGCAGAGAAUGGGAAUUUGUGAUGCAGUUGCUGUUGCUAAAAUUUUAAAUGCAACUCUAGUAAUCCCACACCUUGAUGUAAAUCCUGUCUGGCAAGAUUCAAGUUCUUUCACCGAUAUAUUUGACGUUGAUCACUUUAUUGAGGUCUUGCACGAUGAAGUCUCCAUAGUUAAAGAGCUUCCCAGCAAGUAUGCUUGGAGUACAAGGGAGUAUUAUGCCACAGGCAUACGAGCUACAAGAAUCAAAACAGCACCUGUUCAUGCCUCUGCUAAGUGGUAUCUGGAAAAUGUUCUGCCAAUGCUAAAUAGUCAUGGGAUUGCUGCUAUCGCCCCAUUCUCUCACCGUUUAGCUUUUGAUAACCUGCCUAAGGAGAUCCAGCUUCUUCGUUGUAAGGUUAACUUCCAAGCAUUAUCUUUCGUUCCCCAUAUUAGGAUGCUGGGUGACACCCUUGUCCAACGCCUUCGAAGCCCUCCUAAUGCAAAAAUAGCAACAAAAGAUGAGCAGCUGCAUGAAAAAAUGGAGGAUAAAUUGGGAAGUGGAAAGUUCAUCGUUUUACACCUCCGCUUUGACAAAGAUAUGGCUGCUCAUUCAGCUUGUGAUUUUGGUGGUGGAAAAGCCGAGAAGUUGGCUCUUGCAAAGUACCGCCAAGUAAUUUGGCAGGGACGAGUUAUGAAAACUCAGUUCAGUAACGAGGAGUUGAGACAACAGGGACGAUGUCCCCUGACUCCUGAAGAGAUCGGACUGCUAUUGAGAGCGUUGGGCUUCAGCAAUGAUACACGCCUCUAUCUUGCAUCCCACAAGGUGUACGGUGGAGAAGCAAGGAUCUCCACGUUGCGAAAAUUGUUUCCUCUCAUGGAGGAUAAAAAAAGCCUUGCCUCCGACAAAGAACGGGCUGAAGUUGAAGGAAAGGCGUCGUUGCUAGCGGCUGUCGAUUAUUAUGUCAGUAUGCACACCGACAUCUUCAUUUCUGCUUCCCCUGGGAAUAUGCACAAUGCAGUGCUAGGGUAUCGAGCAUACAGGAACAUGAAGACUAUAAGACCGAACAUGGUGCUUUCGAGCCAGCUCUUUCUUAACGAAACCAUGGAGUGGCCGGAAUUUCAGCAGGCCAUAGAAAAUGGGCAUAAGAAUAGACAAGGGCAAAUCCGGGUAAGAAAAGAGACACAAUCCAUAUAUACAUAUCCGAUCCCCGAUUGCAUGUGUCAAGGUCAUCGAUAGUUCGUUUGUUCAUUAAACGUUGAGUUAAACAACUACUAUCGUUUGAAAUGUUAUUCUAAAUCAAACGAAGCCAGUAUAUCACACACACAUUUAGGAUAUGAUGUAAUAUGAUAUAUGCAGACUUUAUCAUGAAUGAAUGACAGGGAGAACUGCAAAAUUAUUGGCAUUCUU